GUACCAUCCACCCCGACAACUCCCAAGGACGAUCGACCACCUUUCGCACUCGCCAUGCCUCCCAAGUUCGACCCCAAUGAGGUGAAGAUCAUUCACCUGAGAGUGACUGGUGGUGAGGUCGGAGCCCAGUCUGCUCUGGCUCCCAAGAUCGGUCCCCUCGGUCUGUCUCCCAAGAAGAUCGGUGAAGAUAUCGCCAAGAACACUGGUGACUGGAAGGGUCUGCGUGUCACCGUCAGACUCACCAUCCAGAACCGUCAGGCCGCCGUCUCCGUUGUGCCCUCCGCUUCUUCCCUUGUCAUCAAGGCCCUCAAGGAGCCCCCGCGUGACCGCAAGAAGGAGAAGAACAUCAAGCACAACAAGUCCGUCUCUCUCGAUGAGAUUGUCGAGAUUGCCCGCCAGAUGCGCCACCGCUCUCUGGCUAAGGAGCUCAAGGGUACCGUCCUUGAGAUCCUCGGUACCGCCUUCUCCGUCGGUUGCCAGGUCGAUGGCCGCAGCCCCAAGGAUGUCUCUGACGACAUCAAGGCUGGCGAGAUUGACGGCUUAUUUUACGCAGAGGAGAUCAAAUCUUCUGACCCGUUACUCACCGCUGCAUUCUUGAAGGGAGCUCAGCUUCUGACAGUGGAUGUGGUGGUCCAUAUUACGGUCAACAUUUCGUAACACGUAAUUCAAAUAUUCUUAUCAAAUUCACUAUAAAUUUCAAUCAUAAUCUUGCCUACAAUGAGC